CAGCUUGCGUCACUGCCUCUGAGGCGAAGAGAGCGAGCUGGAGAGAGCGAGACAAGUUUGAGGGGAGGACGGGUGCGAGGCAGGCAGCCCCCGAGGCUCUGCUCGCCCACCGCCCAGCCCUUCCUCUCGGCUCCUCCGCUUCUCCCUCUGCCCUCGGCUCGCCCCCCGAAAACUCCCUAUUUAGCCAAAGGAAGGAGGUAAGGGGAACUCUCUCCCCUCCCCCUCCAAAAAAAAAAAAAAAACCUAACUUUUGCAGUCCGGAGAAGGCAGGGGAACGAAGGGUCGCCCGGCUGGCCAUGGAGCUGCUGUGCUGCGAGGUGGACCCGGUCCGCAGGGCCGUGCCGGACCGCAACCUGCUGGACGACCGCGUCCUGCAGAACUUGCUCACCAUCGAGGAACGCUACCUUCCCCAGUGCUCCUACUUCAAGUGCGUGCAGAAGGACAUCCAGCCCUACAUGCGCAGGAUGGUGGCCACCUGGAUGCUGGAGGUCUGUGAGGAACAGAAGUGUGAGGAGGAGGUCUUCCCGCUGGCCAUGAACUACCUGGACCGCUUCCUGGCCGGGGUGCCGACCCCCAAGACCCAUCUGCAGCUGCUGGGGGCCGUGUGCAUGUUUCUGGCCUCCAAGCUGAAAGAGACCAUCCCGCUGACGGCCGAGAAGCUGUGCAUCUACACGGACAACUCCAUCAAGCCCCAGGAGCUGCUGGAGUGGGAGCUGGUGGUGCUGGGGAAGUUGAAGUGGAACCUGGCCGCCGUCACCCCUCACGACUUCAUCGAGCACAUCCUGCGCAAGCUGCCGCAGCAGAGGGAGAAGCUGUCUCUGAUCCGCAAGCAUGCGCAGACCUUCAUUGCUCUCUGCGCCACCGACUUCAAGUUCGCCAUGUACCCGCCGUCCAUGAUCGCGACUGGAAGCGUGGGGGCAGCCAUCUGCGGGCUCCAGCAGGACGAAGAAGUGAGCUCGCUCACUUGCGAUGCCCUGACCGAGCUGCUGGCCAAGAUCACCAACACGGACGUGGAUUGUCUCAAAGCCUGCCAGGAGCAGAUCGAGGCCGUGCUGCUCAACAGCCUGCAGCAGUUCCGUCAGGAGCAGCGCGACGGAUCCAAGUCGGAGGAUGAACUGGACCAAGCCAGCACCCCUACAGACGUGCGGGACAUCGACCUGUGAGGAUGCCAGGCGGGCCGAGCGAGAGAGGCGUGUCGUCAUCUGCACUCUCCUCUCUGGUUAUGUUUUGUUCUUUGUGUUUUAGGAUGAAACUUAAAAAAAAAAUCUGCCCCCACGUAGAUCAUAUUUAAAGAUCUGUUAGAAGUGAGAGAAAAAGGUCCUAUCCAAACAAUAAUUAAAAGCGUGUGGUGCCUAUUCAAAGUACAACAUAAGGGAAUCCCCUGUAUAUGCGAACAGUUGUUGUUUGAUUAUGUUAAAAGUGAUAGUAAAAUGCUUACCGGAAACCCUGCAGAGUAGCUAGACAAUAUGUACGCCUGCAAUAUGGGAACCAAUUAGAAGAGACUCUUUGUCAUGUUAUGAACUAGUGCAUACACACCCCUUUUUGUAGUGGCAUUUCAAGGAACUGUGUAGGCCAUUUAUGGAAUGAUUAGAUUGCCAAGCAAUGAACUCAACAAGGAAUUCGAAAUAAGGAGGGGGGGCAUGAUGGGGAGGGAGUACCAAAAAAAACUUGCUGUGAUUGAACCACGUUGGAUGGAGAAGUGCCUCCAGUCUCCACCAGCUGUGGCAGCACGUGGCUGGUUGGACAGGGGGUGCUGGGUGGUAACCCCACCUCUCUUGCCACACUCGGCACUUCUCCUUCCACACGUGGCUCAUCCCAGACUCCGCCGUAUCAUCUGGGAGAGAAAUGCAGCUAUCGGGCCCUAACCAAAACUCUUUGGGACAUGGAAACAGAGGGUGGGAUCUGGAAUGGGAUCUUUUCUCCUGCUGUUUGAGAGAGGGUACAGCGACCGUGGCAUCCCGUAUUAGGAAAAAACUGAUCUUUUGGUGCUGAUUGGCAUGUCUGGUCCACAGUUGAGCAUUGUUAUAAACCAUUCCAUUCUUAAAGCACUUUGAAAAUUUGUUCCCGAGGGGUAGAUGGGAUGGUUUAUGCAAAUCAAGCUGACUCCUCCCCUCUUCUCUCUGGCCCCUCCCCAUCCUGCCCCCAGUCUUGAGUUCUCCGGUACCCACCCUUUCCGCUGGCAUUCCCAUCACGACAUUCCUCGGAAAAGUCUGAACAAAGCCCUGUUAGCACGUGGAUGGCGCGGAGGGCUCCUCCGCAGCUCCAGCUUCUCUCGACGGGGAGGGCAGGCGUCCUCGCGGACGGCUGGACCUCGGGUGUGGCGUGCGGCUCCCUUAGUUUCACUGCAAAGUCGUAUUCAGCGUACUUGAAUUUUCUGUUUCCUCUCCACUUCUUCGAGGCAUUCAGUUAGCAGAGAGGUUGGAGCGACAACUUUUUUUUUUUUUUUUGCACAAUUGUCAUUGACAGGUAAUGAAGCUAUUUGUUACAAUAUUUGCUUUUUUUAAGUAAAAAAAAAAAUCAGAACAGGGCUACCUUGAAGAAUUAUUUUAUACACAGAUUCUGCCUUGUUUCGUAGUGUGAGGGUUGAAGAUGGAGAAAAAUCUAAGGGUCUCUUAUUUUCAUUUUAUUUUGUUCAGUUUUUUAUUAUUUUUUUUGCGCUGCUAAGAAGCUGAGAUCGUUCAUCCUUACUCACAUUAACAGUACCUAGCUGUAAUGUUUCACCAAGUGUGCUGCUAUUUUAUAAACAUUUUUAUAAUAUAUUAUUUUACUGCUUAAGUUCCAAGUCCUGAAGUAGAUGGUUAAGAUAUGAGUUCUUCGUACUGGAAAAGCCCUCCCAUCCUUUGUUCCUUCCGGUAGCAUAUUCAUGGUUAGUGGGUUUUGUUUCUUUCUUUCUUUUUUUUUUUUUUUUCCUCUGAUCACAUUCUUCAAAGACAGUGCAUUCUUUACCUCAGGUUUACUGGACAAAAUCAAUAACUACAAAAGACAACGACUUUCUUACCUCACAGCCGAACACUUUCUGCUUUGGGAGCAAGUCCCCAGGAGGGCGAGGCGAGGUCGGGUGGGGAGGAGGACUCGCCAGGCCCCGCACCCAGGGGCCUGCCCUUGCUCACAGGCCAUCGGGCUCCCUUUCUGACUCCGGUAUCCUCCUCAUGAUGGAAAAACAAUGCAUUGAACCAAGGGACCCCCCCCCCCCCCAAGGCAGACCUUGAACUCAAGCUUGGACCCAGCGGCAUGGGCGCGGGAGUUGUAGGCGUCAGGAAGGAAGCGGGAGGGCAUUGCAGCAGGCGCGGGGCUCGCGGGCGGCCGUCUCCCCUCUGUCUCGCUCCUGUGCACAGACCCCCACCCCCUCCCCCGUCAUCUCUGCAGCUGUCCCAGGUCUUAGGCCUGCAGCUUGCAGCGUGUGUGGUGCUCAGACCGGGGUGAGGCAAGCAGUAGGCCAGCCAGGUCCUCGGCGAGGCUGGACCGCGAGAUUCCGGGGUUCAAAAUCACAUGAUGGAGUUGGCACAAAGAACAGACGGGGUAGGUGAGUGUAGGGAGGUGGCUGAGAGGCUGCAGGAAGUGUGAUGGCAGGGGGUUGGGACUCGCUGAGCUAGCUUGACCCUGAGAUUCUCGGGGGUUGGGGGGCGCUGGUGGGGCAUGGCUGGCGCAUCCUGAGGUUCGGGAGCAGAAAAUGGAGCAGCCAGUGUUCACCCAGAGCCUGCGCUGUGCGGCGCGGCGCGGCGCGGGGAAGGCCCGGUCCCUGGGGUUCUCGGGGAGUCCUGGUGCAGAUUCAGCCCUCGGACGUGCGCGAAGCUGACAGAUGAGGGAGGAGCAGCCCUCCCAGCCUCUUCCUGCGGUCUGGGUCUUUCUAGCUUUUUCUCUCCUAGCCGUGGGGCCGCGAGGGAUGGCCGGUGCCGGCGACAGGGCAACAGGCUUUCUUUCUGUGUCCUACAUAAGCAAAAGCAGGAGCCCUGGAUUUCUUGGAGGGACGCACACCCUCUCUGGGUCCUGGUCUCCCCGUAGGAAGGAGUUUUCACCCCAGAGAGGUUCAGAUCUGCUCAUGGAUUUGAACUUUUUUUUUUUCCCUCUGUCUCACCUCCCACGAACCGGGUUCCACAUUUAUUCUGAUCUUUUUUCUUAAUUUCUAAGUUUUUUUUUUUUCUCCAUCAGUUGGGGCUGAGUUGUCCUCCCACUCCCAGCUUGCCAAAUUUUAACCCUUCCCCUAUUUUGGCCCAGUCUUGUGGGGGAGAAAUUGCCAAAAAUACAUGCUGAGUGGGGAAACACCGUGCAGGUGGGGGUCAGCCAGGGAGGAAGUGGCGGCAGCUUCCUCUGCAAACCCCUUGCCUCAGGUGCGCUGGGGGGUGAGCUCCUUGGAGAGGGGGCUUCGGGCUGCCCUUGGGCUGGGUGCUCUGUCCUGGCUCGGGCGGGCGGAGGCUUAGGAGGCCGGAGGAGUAGGAACCACCGACUGCCUCUCUGGGCCAGCCGCAGGGCUGACUGUGGGGAGAGAGCUGUGGCUUUCCUGCGGCCCGGUACGUUCAGGGCCCCUCCAGGCUGCCCGGGGAGCUCUGGCACCCACAGGUGAGGACCGGCUGAGUCCCUCCAGGAGGGCAGGGGGAUUUUCUCUCCAUGGGCCACGGGGGACGGGGCUGGGAGAAGAAAUACACUUGCACCUUAUGUCGUGUAAAUACUGAGUUUCUAGUUCAAGAAGAUAAUCCUGGUUAGUGCGGGAUUGGAGGUAGGAGCGAGGCGGACGUUGGAGCGCGCCAGUUGGCAUCCACACCAACAGGAUUCCUCUUUGUUUAUCUUUGAGACAGUCCAACCUUGGGAAUAGCUUUAAAAGGGAAAUUAAUGCUGAGACGGUAAAGUCCCCUGUGCAGCCCUGGAUGGAGCGCAGGCUUCCGUGGCUGCGGACCUGGGACAUUGCUCAUGCAGUCAUUCGUCCGUCCGUGGGUACAAGAUUGGGUGGGAAGGUGCAGGAGGGUGUUUCUGGCUUCUCAUGGCACAUGGCUUUGCAUGGUUCCAGGCUCUGAGCCACCUGCAGGAGUCCCUCGGCACAAACUUUUGUGCUGCCUUCGCAUGUCCCCGCGUGUCAGCGUGGCUGGGCCGGGAGCCUCCGUCCCCGUCCCAUCCCGUCCCGUCGCCUGCAGGGGACGCAAAGUGCCUUACCGACCGUGGCCUUACAGUUUCCCAUGUACGCUGACAGGUGCCUGUCCUUGAGAAGAGAAAAGCGUCUGUUUUGUUUUGAAUCAGUUUUAGUUUCUUACUGCCGGCCAAACUCCUAUGUCCCCAGCAAAUCCCCGGGCCACUGGUUGUUUCUCCAUUAUGUUCAUUACCUUGUACCAUGUACCUCAGAUCUCUCUCUCUCUCAGUUAUAGUUUUUCAUCUUGGCCUUUUUUUUCUUUUUAUUCUUUUUAUUUUAUUUUAAUUUUUUUUUUUUUUGCUUUAAAACGAGUGUGAUACCAUAGCAAGUCCAUGUUAGCCUCUCACCAUGUACUCUGUAAGAGGUGUGUGGCUGUUUAUCUGGUCGGGAUGCUAAGUAGUGUGAUGGAUGUAAACGAGGUUUUUAGGAAGUGUGGCAGAAUGUUGGCUGUGACAGUGACACGGUGUAGUCAGCUGCCUCUGACGAGGCCUUCUCUGUUCAGUGUUAAGUGAUUUAAAAAAAAAAUCCAUACCCUGUUCUGACUUGGUUUAAAGAUGGAGUAGAAGGUGGAUUUGAAAAUGGUUUGGGAUGCAAUUAGGUUAUGCUAUUUGGACAAUAAACUCACCUUGACCUACA